AUGACGCCAUACAGAGAUCCUCUUACUCCAGAGCGGAUUUCGUACAAUAGGUCUUUCACUCGAGAACGAGUUAUAAUAGAAAGAUGUUUUGGCCAAGUUAAACAGCGUUUCCCUAUACUGCAAACCAAAAUUCGCAUAAAAACAGAAAAAUACUCAUCUCUUAUUUUAAGCUGCUUUAUUUUGCAUGAUGUUGCAAAGCACCUCAACGAGGAAAAUUUUGAAAUCUCGCAAGAUCUCAACAAUAAUGGUGAUGAAGCUAUACAGAUGCCUGCAGAAUAUGGUCUGCGCACUGUAGAAGACGCCGCUGAUGUUCCAGGCAAUGCAGAGCUAGAACUUGCAUUCUCAAAAGACCACGUAACGGAUGUUAUAAAGGACCCAUUUACUUCUAGCUGACUUUCAUAUUGUUCACAGUCAAGACUGACUUAUUCGGUCUCCGUCCUAGGCGCUCCUACACCAGCAGAAAUUGUUCCUAAAAAGAAUAUGUAUUUUUAGUUACCUUAAUAAAAACUAAAUAUAUCUGAAACAUAGUACCUUUGCAGUAUUAGGAGAUACUUUAACAAUUCUCGUAAUACGUAUUAUAUUAUGAUGAAGCAUAUAUUUUGUUGCAUUUAAGAGGGAAUACGCCAAAAAAUUUACG